AUGGAGUUCGUCACCGCCCUUCGGGGCACCUUUGACGACAGCAAGCCGUCGCUCUUCGAGGUCCUGUCCGAGCAGCAGCUCAACAGCCUCCUCGGCCCGACUCUGCGAUACCUGCUCACCGUCGCGACCCAGCGGCACCCGCGCUACCUGCUGCGCAUCCUCAACUCCUACGAGGAGCUGUACGCGCUCUCCAUGCUCGUCGUCGAGCGCCACUACCUGCGCACUCGCGGCGGGUCCUUCACAGAGAACUUCUACGGGCUCAAGCGCGAAAAGGCCCUCAAGGGCGAGAUCCCCAGGGCCAGCAUCGCCGCGCCGCAUCUCGUGCGCGACACCCUCAAGCUCUCGACCGCCGAUGUGUGGAAGAACCUGGCCGUCAUGGUCGGCAUCCCCUACCUCAAGUGCAAGCUCGACGAGAGCUACGAGGUGAAUGCGCCCCGAGCCCUGCUGGGCGCUGCGUACACUCGCAUGCCCGACAAUCCGACGCUACGCGAUCGCUUCGUCCACUACUACCGGUGGUUCCUCCGCAACAUAUACCCGAGCGUAAACGCGGCUUACUACUUUGCCAUCCUGGCCUUUAAUCUGGCCUACCUCUUCGACCGCACCAAAUAUCACAACCCGCUCAUGUGGCUCAUUGGCACGAGGUUACGGAGAAUGACUGCGGCCGACUACCAGGCGAUCGAGGCGCUUACCGAGAAGCCCAAAUCAGCUGCUGCCAAGCCUGGUAUCCGGUCCUUCUUUUCACCCAGCGUGCUUGGAUCCAAGGCCCUGUCGAGUCUGUCACUGCUUCUCCCGAUGAGCAUCUUUGCCCUCAAGUUCUUGGAGUGGUGGUAUCAGUCCGAUUUUGCGAAGCAGCUGUCGCGAAAGGCUACAGAACACAUCGACCUGCCGCCUCCUGUCAUAUCUGGGCUGGGGCGCAAGUCCGCGCUCAAGAAGACGACCAAGAUGGAGGACAAGGACGCAGAGGAUGCCAGCGGCGACGAUGAUGGCGAAAUUUCGGCUGAAGAGGCACCAAUUGCGACACCAUCGAUGCUUCCCAUCUACGUGGUGCGGCCGCCCCAAGAUUCCUCGGCUUGUCCCAUCUGCCAGGACGAAAUCGUUACGCCGACUGCCUGCCAGACAGGCGUUGUAUACUGUUACACGUGCAUUCACCGGUGGCUCGAAGGGACCCACGAGAGGCAGGAAAAGUUUAUGGAGGACCGCGCAGGAAAGUGGGAGAGCGGACAGGGGCGGUGCGCCGUUACAGGGAGGCGCGUUCUGGGUGGGACAGACGGGCUGAGGCGCAUCAUGAUCUAG